AUGAAUAGUGCGCAGGUCGAUGGCACAACAGCCGUACCGAGCGAGGACAAUUUCGCCGCAUCCAGCGCCAAGGAGCGUCAAGGCUCGCAGGCGCAGGAACCGCAGCAGCCUUCGCUAGACGACGAGGCGCCGAGCAGCUGCGUCAGCACCCAUAGCUCGCGACUGCCACCCCGAAGACAUGAGCGGCUUUCCGUGACGGAAGCACCUCGAGAGCCGCAGAGAUCAUUCGCCUCACCCGCGUCAUCCACCGCGGUGCCGGGCUCCAGCGCCGCCAGUGAGACGAUUCGCAACGGAGGUGCGCUAACAAGGCGGAACGGUGCUGCGGUCCUGCUGGCAACAGACUCGGCGGCGAUCAAUGGUCACAUCUCUGCCGGAAGCUCUGUGGCAGCCGCAGCACCUCCAUUGCCGCCGUGGGGCCGGAAGUCGUCGUCGUCACGCACCUUCUCAGAGAAGCCGCCGGCUGAGAAGAGCCGUGAUGCUGCGGACGGCGCCGCACCAGCCUGGAAAACGCCAGCACGCCAGCAGCCCCCACCACCACCGGAGACGGUCGUCGCAUCCCCAUCGCCGGCCGCAGCUUCCCUGGCGUCGCUCGAAUCUGCCGUCAUCAAAGCCGACGCGAUGGUGCGCUCUUGGCAGCAGUGCAUCGACACGAACAUGGAGAAUCUUUCGUCAUCUCUUGCCUCCUCAGUCUUUCGCUCGGGCCACAGCGCCGCACCCGGUGCGGCGCCACCACCCGCUCCGCCGUCGACGUCCGCCUCCCCGGCACACCUCAGAGAUGCGGCGGAGGAGGCGUCGCAGACAAGUUCAAGACUGAAGAGGACGUCACAAGCACCGAGUCGGAGCGGCGCCGGCGAAGUGCACAGCAAGGCCAGUAAAGACUCUGCCGAGGACGGCAUGAACCCCGCGUGCCACCAGUCCGCCGCCGCCUCGUCGGUUGGCGUGCCCGCCACAGCCGAGGCAGUCGUCACCACGCGUCAGCCGCCGUCUGUGCGCUCACGCACGUCGUCUGCGGUGGUUGGGGUUGUGCGCAGGGGCAACGCCUUGGUGCGUCCUGAGGUAGGGGAGGAACACGGCGCCACAGGGAGCUCGGCGAGCUCGGUGUAUCAGCGCCUACCGAGGGCGGACCCGUUCGACAAGGAGAGCGGAAGCAGCUCUCACUGUGACAGCGGCGCGCUCCCGCCACCUCCGGCCUUCUCGUCGUUCGCGUCGGUGCCGUCCGUUGCCGCGGCCGACGCCGCCGCCACGCCGAAGAGGGCCCGAGGCUCUGCGAACCAUCGCUCCUUUAGUGGCUCGUGCGGCGGCGCGUUGCCGCCGCAGCGGCGCGAUCAUCAAGGGAGCGUCACCAGCCGCACCACGGCAGGCUUUGAGCCCUUCCACCUACACACGGUGCACCGCAGCGCAGUCCGGCGAUCGAUGUCACCUUGCUGCGCACCGCCGGACCCGCUUUCCAGCAUGCCUGCGCAAGAGCGGCAGCGGCUACUGAACCUGCCACAUCAGCUGAGCACCGCACCCGGUACCUCGCGCUUAGAUAUGAACUUCGAGCAGGACGUGAAGGAGCUGUACAGGCAGAUGCACCUUGUCGAUCCGCACCUGCUUAGCCGUCCUGGGCGGCGCCAGUUUUACAUCCCAGAGCAGGCAGACCUGUUCGGCAUGUACCCAGAGCCGCCGAUGACAACGGACGAGGACGGCAACGAGAUCGUCAAGUACCUCGCGCCGAUCCCGAUCCGAGCGCAGAGCUUCGUGCCGUCGCAGACGCGGAAGUCGUCACAGUCGCCACCGAUGGCUCCUGCCUCCGGCGUGCAGCACGGGAAGGCGGCAGGAGCUGAUGCAACUGACGGCAGCAACAGCGGUAGGGCGGUGGUUCGCCCCGGCCGCGGUCUCUCCAGUUUUGUCGUCGGGUACGGCGAGGAGACGACGGCGAAGGGGCGCGGCGGCCUUACGCAGCCGCGCGGUCGCAUCGUCAGCGACAUCACCGCGCCGUACCGACGCAACAUGGCGGCUAACACAGGGCGCACCGGCCACAUCCAGCGCGAGUCGCUCAUGGCCAACUGCCUACCCCCACCAUGUGGCUCAGAGACGCCACUGCCAGCCUCGGCGAGGUCGUUGUCGUCUGGCAUGAUGGCGGCGGACGAGUCGCAGACCUCGACACCGUUCACCAUCAUGCGGCCCACGCCAUCCUCAGAGCUGAGUAACAACAUCCCAGUAUCGGACAGCGAGUACGGCUAUGCGCAGGUGACGACAGCACGCAUGAUGCCUACGGCCGCACCGUUGCAAGAUCAGCAGCAGCCGUGUGUCAAUGCCGUGGCGGCGUUCGUUGAGGACGAGGAGUACAGCUACAGUGUGCAGUCCGCUACAGUCAUGGUGUCAUCGAAGCCGACGCUCACGGUGUCCGCGGCAGUUGUCGCUCACUCAUCCCUGGGGGGUGGCGCAGGAAGCAGCAGCAGCAGCCACAGCGAAGGCAUCUCCCUGCAGGUGAAACCCACCGUGGCACCACCGCCGACGUGCGUUGAUGCUAACACUACGAUGGUGCUCGAUGCGGGGCCGAAACUUACGGCCACGUCGCGUCCGACCAGCACCGAUGGCGCUCCCGCUGCCGUGGCGGAGCGGCGAAGCCGCCCAGUGCGCAGCGGUGAAGGGGCGGUGAACGCGGCAGAGAAGGCGUCUGCGUCAUCUUUGGCUGCCGCAAGCGUCUCUCUUCUCACUGAGGCCGUCACGGGCGCUAGCAGCUGCAACAACAGCAGUGCCGUGGCCAGUGCUGUCGCUGCUGGUGGGCCCAGUGAGCCGAAGAAGGCACCAAAGGACUCGCGGCGAAGCACAGGAAUCGUCAAGUCACUUCUGCUGCCGCAGCAGGCAGAGCAACUGCAACCGGGAGAAUCAGAGGCGGUCGCGGCCGCCGCCUCACAGUCGACGGCACCGACGCCCAAGACAGCACCAUCGUCUGUCAUGGACAAGUCGACCCACUCCCUCGCCUUCAGUGUGACGGCGUCGUCGACCGUCGUGGAUCCGUCGACGGAGCCGCCGAUCCCCACCGCGCGCCGGCACGCAGAUCCGGUGCCCGUGUCGCUGUCGCCGCUAUCCGAGUCGUCGUCGCUGUCGCAGCGUAAAUGGCGGGAGAGGAUCCAGCCGACGAAGGAAACGCAGGUGUCGCCAGCCGCCUCCGCCGCCGCCACCGCAGCAGCAGCCGCGUCGCCGAGCACAUCCCUGGCUGGCACACCACCUGCCCUGCCCCCACCGCCACAAGCGAAGCCGGCAGUAGCCGUCAGCAGUGAACCUGACAAGCCUUCGGCUGUUCACGAAGGCCAUGUCUCCGCGCUGGAAAGGUACAGACGCAAGGAGGCGGCCAUGUCGAAGAAUGGCGACAUGCGCCGUGUGUAUCGCAGAAGCCGGUGUAGCGAGUCCAGCGCCACCGUGGAGGCUGUGACAGAAGUACCUGCUGCCACAGCGGCUCAGAGUGACACUGUGGCGUGCUCUCCGCCGGGAUUGAAGCCGGCGUCCACGCUGUCGAUGACCGCCUCCUCCUCGUCCCCGAAUGUCGUUGGCGGCGCUGCCGCCGGGCACCGCAGCCGCUGCCGCGAAACCCCGCUCGUCCUCGAUCGCGGCACGCAGACGGAGUUCGUCUUUGUGCUGGAUGACCUGCAAGGCCGCCAGCUCCAACAACUUCAGCAAAAGCAGCUGCUAAAGAACAUGCAGCUCAUGCAGUUGCAGCUCCAAAGGCAGCCGCUGCUGAUCAUUAACGCGGGCAGCUACAGCCCGUCCACCUUCACCACGGCAUCUACGCCGCGGAUGUCACUGAGUCCGCAACCGCAAACCUCAGGCAGCACGAGCCCUUCUAUGAAGCCGCGCCAGUGCUCCGCUGGCCUCUCCCCGACCCGGCAGCGGCGCGGCCACUUGGUCAACGAUUCCCGCGCCGUGCGGGAUGCGCUGUGGUGGCCAAAGUAA